CCGAGCGGCGCGCGGCCGAUUCAAAGUGCGGGCGGGGCCGGCGGGCGCUUAGGGGGCUGUGGCGACGGUGCGCGGCGGGAGGCCGGGGCCGCCACGUUCCGACCGGGUCCCCGAAGCUCCCUGGGCGGCGCCAUGGAGCAGGCGGUGGGCGACCUGAAGCAGGCGCUGCCCUGCGUGGCAGAGGCGCCGACCGUCCACGUGGAAGUGCACCAGCGGAGCGGCAGCACGGCAAAAAAAGAAGAUAUAAAACUGAGUGUGAGGAAGCUACUUAACAGACACAAUAUUGUGUUUGGUGAUUACACGUGGACUGAAUUUGAUGACCCUUUUCUGACCAGAAAUCUGCAGUCUGUGUCUAUCGUUGACACAGAAUUAAAGGUGAGAGACCCACAGCCCAUCGAUUUGAGCACGUGCACUAUUGCCCUUCACACCUUCCAGCUGAAUGAAGAUGGUCCCAGCAGUGAGAACCUGGAGGAAGAGACAGAAAAUAUAACUGCGGCACAUCAUUGGCUUCUGCCCGCAGCGGAAUUCCAUGGGCUGUGGGACAGCCUGGUAUAUGAUGUGGACGUCAAAUCUCAUCUCCUCGAUUACGUGAUGACAGCGUUACUGUUUUCAGACAAGAACGUGGACAGCAAUCUAAUCACAUGGAACCGGGUGGUGCUACUCCACGGUCCUCCGGGAACUGGCAAAACAUCCCUGUGUCGAGCGCUGGCCCAGAAACUGACCAUCCGACUUUCGAGCAGGUACCGGUAUGGCCAGUUAAUUGAGAUAAACAGCCACAGCCUCUUUUCUAAAUGGUUUUCAGAAAGUGGCAAGCUGGUGACUAAGAUGUUCCAGAAGAUCCAGGACCUGAUCGAUGAUAAGGACGCCCUGGUGUUCGUGCUGAUUGACGAGGUGGAGAGCCUCACAGCUGCCCGCAAUGCCUGCAGGGCGGGCACCGAGCCUUCAGAUGCCAUCCGCGUGGUCAAUGCCGUCUUGACCCAAAUCGAUCAGAUUAAAAGGCACUCCAACGUGGUGAUUCUGACCACUUCCAACAUCACGGAGAGGAUCGAUGUGGCUUUCGUGGACCGUGCAGACAUCAGGCAGUACAUCGGGCCGCCAUCUGCAGCAGCCAUCUUCAAAAUCUACCUGUCCUGUUUAGAAGAACUGAUGAAGUGUCAGAUCAUAUACCCUCGCCAGCAGCUGCUGACCCUGCGUGAGCUGGAGAUGAUUGGCUUCAUUGAAAACAACGUGUCGAAGUUAAGCCUCCUUUUGAGUGAAAUUUCAAGGAGGAGCGAGGGCCUGAGCGGCCGUGUUCUAAGAAAACUCCCGUUUCUGGCUCACGCGCUGUACAUCCAGGCCCCCACUGUCACCAUUGAGGGCUUCCUCCAGGCCCUGUCUCUGGCGGUGGACAAGCAGUUUGAAGACAGGAAGAAGCUUUCCCCUUGCACUUGAUCCGGGCUCCUCCACCUGCGGUUUUCAAAUGGUGAACACAGUGAGGACAGUGCCCUGGAGAUCUCCAUACACAUGGCUGGGCCUGCAGAGCCAAGCGUUACUGAAGGAAGUGUGUUGCACUUACAUACUUUCAAUGCACAUUGAAGGCAAGUGGCCUGCUAUUUUCACUGUCUGAAAGGGUCGUAGUUCAAUUUCUAUUGUCUGUAAAGAACUGUCUAGAUGUUUUUAUUUCAUCCUUCCGCCAGUCGAUCAGACACAAACUGCUGACAAAUUUUGUUUAAUAAAGAUGAUUAAUAUGGUUAGGGAAACAAGGAUUUGAUUGUAGCAUUAAAAAUGUACACGUCACUCAGGAUAGAAGACGGCAUUUGCUCUCUGACGUGAGCUUGUUUUCUUUAGUGCACAUUUCCAAGACUACUUCAUGAAUAAGGAAACCUUAUUCCUGUGUUCUAGAAACUGAGAAAAAAUUCUAGGUAAAGUGUUCUUUGCAAUAGUCAGACAUGGUCCUCUGUGGGAGAGCUGCAGUGUUCAGGUGAAACGUGUGUGUGUGAACGCCCCUCAUAACCAGCAUUAUCACAGCUCAAAUGAAGAUUCACGUUCACAGAUCUGAAAUAAAUUGGCCGAUAAUUGGUAUAUUCCACCAAUUAUGAAUUAGAAUAUUAUGUUUGCUUUUAUCUCAUGCUAAAAUAAAUUUCAUAUUAGUGUUUUAUACAUAUUUUUAA